AUGAAGAAUUUGGAGCCUCACAGGCAUACGCGUCUUCAAUCUCCUCGAUCUAUUCGUAUCCUCAAGCUUCUUCCUUCAGUAAAGCAAAAUGCGCCAAUUCAAUGUCGUCUUGCAGAACUCGACAUCGAUAACUAUACAUCUAAUGACUAUAAGACUCCUGGACCUUACGAAGCUCUCUCGUAUGUUUGGGGCUCGAGAUAUGGUUCGAUACCCAUCGAAUGUGAUGGCAAGUCUCUUCUCGUGACAGAGAAUUGUCAUAAUGCCCUAAUCCGCCUACGACGUCGGUUUCGGAGUCGAGCUCUCUGGAUUGAUUCUAUUUGUAUCGAUCAGGAGAAAAGUAAACCAUCGGAAGAAGAGCGUAUUUCACAAAUACAACUUAUGGGUGAAGUUUAUCGCAUAGCCAAAUGUGUCAUAGUUUGGCUGGGACAGUGCUCAGUCUCGACGAAGGAGACGUUGAGGAUACUGCGGGUAGCCACAACAUUGGUCUUGAUAGCUAACAGAACAAGAAAUUAUUCCGAUAAUAAGUGGUUAGAAGAAAUGCUAUGGAUCCUCGUCACCCAUUUGCAAGAGAAUACGAACUGCCGCCAGAGUUGGAUUGAAUUGAAGAAUAAUCCAUGGUUUUCUCGCUGCUGGACUAUUCAGGAAGUUGCCUUUUCCAGAAACUGUGUUGUCAAAUGGGGAUCAUUCUCUAUUGGGUGGCAAAGUUUGUUUUUCGGUGUAUUUAUUAUUGAAAUUCGAGAAAUCCGAAUGCCUGCAGCUUGCAUCAACACUGGUUGUUUUCCGGCUCUUGCUAUUCGGGAAGAAUCAAGAUGGAUGGUAAAUCCGCAAGCUGUUCGAUCAAUUCGGCUUUUUAGAUACACGUCACAUUAUCCUUCGCCAGAGUCACUUCAUGUGGAAAUAAAUCUCCUAUCAUCGGCAUUAGAGCAUGAUGCAACAAUACCCUAUGACAAAAUAUUUUCUAUUUACCCCUUACUUCGACUGAUGAAUUUAGAGCUCCCUCAAAUCACUUACGAUAAACCUUUCGAUAUGCUAUGCGAGGAAUUGACUAGAUGCUGGUUUUACUCAAAAAAGAAUCUUAGUAUCAUUCUUCUAGCUGCUCGACUGCCUAAUAGCGAUUCACGUCUGCCCUCGUGGGUACCGGAUUGGGAAAACCGACAGUCAGCGCUUGACUAUAGACUAGCCAUCCAUAAACGGGAGGUUGACAAAACUCGGGGGGUGCCUGAUGAGGGCGGUCGUGCCUCAAAUGGCUCUUUGUUCGAAGAUCCUCCUGAAGGAACAACCGGAGAACUUCACCUGCAAGGUCUAAGCCUGGGUCUUAUUUUGCGUGCACUUGCUUGCGAUAUUCCAAAUCAUCUAUCUUUUAAACAAUCAGUAUUCAAGGCUUUGAGGGUUUUUAGAACUUGGUAUUGUGCUGUCGAAGCUUCAUCUCUCUACGCUACGCACCAGGAAUCUCAGAGCGCAUUGCAUUUUACAAUACAUACCUCAGUUCUUAUUGAUAAAGAGGAGCUGUAUGUUUUAGAGUUGUCACAGGCAAAAAAAGCUCACGAACUCUUUCUGGAGGCGGAAGGUGGAGACGAACUUUUGUGUCAGAAGGCUCUCUCCAAAAUUGUCACUUUCUUGAGCACCCCCUCGAUUGACAAAAAACUUUCCGCCUUGGAUCCCCUUUCUAGUUCCAAUUCUAAACCCUCGGUGGCUCUCGUUCAUGAAGAUUUCUACCUCGGAGUGAUGAAACUCACAGCUAUACUCAUCCGAAUUCAAAAUCACUCUCUCCUUAUUAUUGACAAUUGCUGCGGUUUGUCUGCCUACACAGCACAAGAAGGAGACGAAGUGUUUCUAUUGAAAGGGCUAGACGUACCAGUCGUCUUACGACCCAAUGGCGAAAACUACUCAUUUGUUACUCCUUGUUCGUACAUUCAUGGAGUUAUGGAAGGCCAAAAGUGGCCGGAAGACGAAUCCGAGCUGCAAGAUCUCGUUCUUGUCUAG